AUGUUCACUCCCCACCAAAUCAACUCGUCCACUCCAAGGACUCAAAAACGUUCUCGGCAUGGUGGCCGACUGAGUCAAUUGCUUCGUGUUUCUCAUCAACAAGUCAAGUUGGACGUGGAUAUAGAACGCAAAAGUGUUUCCGGAGUGACAGAUAUUGCAAUAGUACCGUCAUCAAACUCGUUACGUACGAUUAAACUCGAUUGUCGUGAGAUGAAAAUCUCCAGCAUCACCGUCAACAAGCGCAAGGUCAAUUAUAUCCAUCAAGACCUUUUGUAUAUUAACAACCCCGAAGAAUUCGAAAGUAAGGUGAACUCGUCAUCGAUAGAUCUCUUUGACUUGUACUCAAAUGAGUUGACCAUCCAUCAGCACCAUCUAAUCAGACAAAAACUCAACUACUUAUUCGGCGAUGUCAACUUUGAUCCUCGAGAACCAUCAACCGAAGUUCAGAACGGAAACACCGAGGAGCUAAAGAUAUUAUUGCCAGAAAAUUUCAAGUUUGAACAAACAGACCGCUAUAAUAGUCCUGAAGUGCACCACCACGACUCUGGCACUCCAAUGCAUCUAAGAAAAUCCACAUUCAGCUCAGAUUACAGUCCAAUCAUGGUAAGGAUCAAAUAUACCUUGAAGAACCCUCAGAAUGGUUUGAAAUUUGUAUCUGGAGAUCACUUGGACGUCAAAAAAUGGCAUGUGUACACAACAAAUUCAGAGUUCAACAUAUCGACAUCAUCCUGGGUUCCGUGCAUAGAUAACCUCUGGGAUAAGUGCUCCUGGACCAUAGAAUUGGACAUUCCCCGGAGCACGAAAGAGUUCGAAAAUAGAACCCUAGAAUCUAAUAAUCAUGAAGCAAAUGGUGAUGAUGACAAUGCAAUGAACAAGGAUGAAGAAGAAAAUGAAAAAGAACAAGAAGAUGGAGACGAUGAGAAUAGUAAUGAAGAAAACGAAAACAUGCAUGACAUUAAUAACAACUUGGAUGAUGAUGAGUAUCUUGAUAUGGUUGUGUGUGCCGGCGACAUAGACAACUACAAAGAAUUACCACAUCCAUCAAAGCGAGACAGAAAGCUAGUCUCGUGGUCCAUAUUCAACCCGAUCAGCGCUCAUCAUGUUGGCUGGUGUCUCGGACCAUUUCAAUCUUACACAGUGUCGAGCGAUUCCAAUGAUGUCGUUUUAGACGAUGAUUUUGGGGCCGCUGGGGCUGAAGUGGAAAGAGACUCAACAAAUGCUCCUUUGACAAUAUAUGCCCUUCAGGAUGAUUUAGAGGAUGCAAAGAACACAUCCGCAAUCAUACGUGGUGCCUUGGAUUUCUUCCUGCGAGAGUUUGGAUCGUUUCCCUUCACAUCUUAUGCUGUGACAUUUGUACACGAUUUGCCAAUUGAGGUGAACAACUUUGCAGGACUCAGCGUGAUUAGUGACACAAUGCUCUUUCCCGCCGAUAUCAUUGAGCCCAUGUUCACCAAUACAGAAAUAUUAAUCGAUACGCUCGCGGAACAGUGGUCUGGAAUUAAUAUUACUCCCCAACAGUUCGGCGAUUUCUGGGUGACUAUUGGUAUUUCCAAGUUCAUGUCCCUCAGCUACAUUCGGCAUCUUAUGGGACAAAAUGAGUACAGGUUUAGAAUCAAGAUCAAAAAGGCACAAGUAGCUGAUGAGGACGUUGGCAAGAAGCCCUUGGCUUAUCAAUUUUACCAGUAUCCUUUAUCUACUUCAGAUUUAUCUUUUGUUUCAUUAAAAGCUCCUGUCGUCUUAUACAUUUUGGACAAGAGAAUGACCAAAACAGACAAGUCCUUCGGGCUUUCCAGAGUGCUUCCAAAAAUUUUCCUUCAGGCAAUGUCUGGUGAUUUACAAAAUAGCACCUUGUCUACAUUACACUUCCAGUACGUCUGCGAGAAAGUGAAUCGCAACAAGCUCGAGUCUUUUUUUAAGCAGUGGGUCUUCAAUGCUGGUGUACCACUUUUCCUGGUUGCUCAACGGUUUAACAAGAAAAGGUCAAUCAUUGAAAUGCAAAUUCGUCAAAUACAACUGCAAAUUAUUCGAAAAUCAAAACCCAACUCCAACAACUUUAUGGAAGACAGCAUAGCCUACCUCGAUGAUGAACCUUCAUUUUUGGUGCAGCCUGUAUUUACCGGUCCCAUGACAAUAAGGAUUCACGAAGCAAACGGUACUCCAUAUGAGCAUAUCAUUGAUCUCAAACAUGAAACGUCAAAGCUUGACAUCCAGUAUAAUACUAAAUUUAGAAGGAUGAAGAAGAAAACGGGAGACGAGGUGCACGAGACUGUUUCUUCAUUCAAACAACUUGGUGAUAUCUUACAAACCAAAGCUGAGAUGGAGGAGUGGAACUUGGUAGAGUGGAUCAAGGAUGAAGAAGAUCCACUGUUCAAUGACGCAUUUGAGUGGUUAAGAGUGGAUGCAGACUUCGAAUGGAUUUCCAAGAUGAGUGUGAAGCAACCGGACUAUAUGUUUGCUUCGCAGCUUCAAUAUGAUCGCGACGUUGAGGCUCAGUAUGAGGCCGUCAGAUAUUUCGCCACGAGAGACAAACCGAACCGCAACUACUGUACCGUCCUCACUAGGACUGUUAUGGAUAGCAGAUAUUACUACGGUGUCAGAAUUGCAGCUGCUCGUGCAUUGGCUGGCUUUUCAAAAACCAAUAACUUGUUUAUUGGUCUUGAAUAUCUAAUGAAGAUUUUCAAGACGCUCUAUUGCUUUCCAGAAAGUAAUGUUCCCAAAACGAACGAUUUCAACGAUUUAGCAAGCUAUUUCCUUAAGAAGGAAAUGAUAUCGAUAUUUGCUACCAUUCGUGAUGAUGAUGGCAAUUCACCCACCGAAGUUAAGCGCUUCCUUUUAAGCUUGUUGAAGUAUAAUGACAACUCCAACAACGAUUAUCAGGAUGGGUUUUACGUUGCUGCUUUGAUCAAAGCAUUGACGAGCUGUAUCAUCAUAACUGGUGAUCUUCGAGACAUUCCGGAUGUUUUCGACAACUCAAAACAGAAAUUUGUCGACGACGCUCUUGUCGAGAUCAAUCGUCUCCACAAACUAGAUGAGUGGGUACCUUCGUACCAUAACAUGAUAUCUGUAGUUUGCUUGCAACUGAAGGUCCAGCUUGCUGUGCACGGCUAUUAUGAGUUGCCUUUUGAGGAUUUACUUCCUUAUACGUUGGGCAAAUUCCCACUUGAUGUGCGUGUUGAAGCUUUCAGAGGGCUUUUCCUCCUUGGAGGGCUAAGAAAUGCUGCCGUCAUGAAAUACUUUUUGACAACUUGUUUGCUCACCAGGGAAAACUCCAGGUUUAAGCGCGGCCUAGUCGAAGCAUUAUGUUCUGCGGUGGCUUCCGUGGCUACGGGACCCGCCCCAUCCACCUUGGAUGAUCCUGAGUUCAAUUUCUAUCAGGCACUUGAAGGUGAACGUCUGAAAAUUGGAACCAACAAGACAAACAUGAUGAUAAUCGAUGACGGGAUGGACCUGGCCAGCUCGCGCAAGGAAAUGUUUGCGAAAUCUUCAAUAGAGGGUGCAAUUGAUCUCUUGCGGGCCAAGUUUGCGCAAGGUGAAGGAUUGAAGAACACUUUAUGGGAAUUGCUUCACAAUUCUCUUUUGAGCCUUUAUGAGCGCCGAAGAAUAUUCAACUUGUGCCAAAUUCUUUACGAGGAGAAGGAUCAAUUUUUGGUCAGAUUACCCGUGCACAAUGUACCUCUUGAAGACUUUAAUAAGAAGAUUGUGGCCAAGUACAUUGGCGAUAAUACCGUGGUCAUCAAGAGGGAAGGAAGAUUCAAGAUUCAAUUGGCACGUCUGAUAAGUGUGGAGCACUCUGACAAGAAAAAAAGAAGACACUCUGCAGUUGAAAACGAUGACGAACUUGAAGAUAAUAAGUCUCGUGAAAAACGACCUAUUUUACGAUUCACAACCAAGCCUAAACCUGAAGAGGUUCCAACUCCUGUACAAGUAGAAGAGGUGGUUCCUGAGCUCCAAAGAAUAGGUUUAGUUGCUGUUGAAGGCACCCUGGUUAACAUCAAACUUUCGUCAAGGACGCUUCGUAGUUUGGCGAAAGUUAGGUCUGCCCCUGCUCCUGUUGCGAAUACCCCAUCAGUGGUAUCAACUUAUCACCCAGUUACAUUGAAAUUCGAGCGAGAAGUCUCCAGAAGGAUUAUACAUCACUUUGUAAAUGGUGCUUCGAACAAGAGAUAUGUCAAGAUUUUCACUAAGGAGGGCCGUGCAGAAGUAUCAUCCAAACCAUACACGAAAUCGACAGGUGGAAAAGCUACAGAGUCACAAGACGAGAAACAUGAAAUUGCUGUAUCAGAAACUACUGUCAAUGAAGAAGCUGGAACUGAACAAGAGCGAGAAGAGCCAUCAACUAAGACACCAGACGACGGAAAAGUUGAGAAGCCAGACAAUCAAGACCAGAAAUCAGAUGAAGAAAAAGGUCAGAAUCUAGAUGAAGGUGAAACUCAAAAAUCAAAUGAACUUAAGGCUCAGAAACCAGACGAGCAAACCAAUGAAGCAGACGAAGUUAAAGGUCCGAAACCAGAAGAACAUGCUGUUACUGAGCCAGAUCGGUCAGAGAAACCCGCUCUUGAGAGCAAACCUUUGAGCAGGUCGGUGAGUCCCUUUGAUACUGGGCCAGCCCAAACUAAAGGUUAUCGUAAGAAGAAGAAAGAGGUAUACAUUCAUAAUGGAAGUCCGAGUCCCGCUACGAAUUCGGAUGAAAAUAACUCGAAGAGCGGAUCCGAUAAGGUAGAAGAGACUAAAUCAUCUGGUACCGAAAACGGAGAAAAACUGGCUCCUAAGCCUAAACUUAAGCUCAAGUUGAGCCUCAAAAAAUAA